AUGCCUCAAGAGGUCGCCGAUAUCAAGAAGUUCAUCGAGAUCUGCCGUCGGAAGGACGCCUCCUCCGCGCGGAUCAAGAAGAGCCAGAAGACCAACAACAUCAAGUUCAAGGUCCGCUGCCAGAAGCACCUCUACACCUUGGUUCUCAAGGACACCGACAAGGCCGAGAAGCUCAAGCAGAGCCUUCCCCCCAGUAUGAUCCUCCGCCAGGACACCACGAUGCACACAGACCUGCAACUCACCGAUGUUUCCAAGAAGGCCAAGAAGUCUAACUAA